CAAUCAGGGCAGCGGGGCAAGAAUCCGGAAGUCGGCUGGAGGCGGAGGAAAGGAGUCCUUUCCUCCAAAGAAGGGAGCAGGGGUGGGACGACUGCAGCAGCAGCAGCAGCAUGGACAAGAACAAGCAUGAAGAAUUCCCUCGACUAUUGAAUGAUACUUUCCUCCGAGCAGCACGAGGAGAAAAGACAGAAUACACCCCAGUUUGGUGCAUGAGACAGGCAGGAAGGUACCUCCAAGAGUUCCGUCAGACCCGAGGAGAUCAGGAUUUCUUUGCUACGUGUCGAUCACCAGAGACAUGUUGUGAACUCACUCUGCAGCCUCUGCGACGCUUUCCUCUUGAUGCUGCCAUAAUCUUUUCAGACAUCUUAGUGAUCCCCCAGGCUCUGGGUAUGGAGGUGGUGAUGGUUGCUGGCAAGGGACCCACCUUUCCUGAGCCACUGAAGAACAUGGAGGAUGUCCAGAAACUCCGAAAAACGGUCGAUGUGGCAGCAGAACUGGGUUACGUCUUCACGGCCAUCACACUGACACGACACAAGCUGCAGGGGAAGGUUCCCCUGAUUGGCUUCUCUGGUGCCCCGUGGACAUUGAUGUCCUACAUGAUUGAAGGUGGUGGCUCCAACACAAUGUCCAAAGCCAAGUCCUGGCUCUACCAGCAUCCUGAAGCCAGUCACAGUCUGCUCAAACUAUUGACAAAUGUAAUUGUGGAUUAUCUGGUGGGACAAGUACACGCUGGUGCUCAGGCUCUACAGCUUUUUGAAUCCCAUGCAGGGCACCUGGGAUCAGAGCAGUUUGCAGAGUUUGCCCUGCCAUACAUUCAGUCCAUUGCCAAGCGAGUGAAGAGCCAGCUGAAGGAAGAUGGCCAACAUCCAGUGCCCAUGAUUGUUUUUGCCAAGGGUGCACACUAUGCAUUGGAGGACCUGGCACAGUCUGGCUAUGAAGUGGUUGGUCUGGAUUGGACCAUCAACCCCCAGGAUGCUCGCCAACGGACAGGAAAACUUAUUACCUUGCAAGGGAACCUGGACCCAUGUGCCCUCUAUGCAUCAAAGGAGAAAAUUGGAGAGCUGGUGAAGAAGAUGCUGCAAGGGUUUGGCUGCCAGCGCUACAUUGCCAACCUGGGCCAUGGCAUCUAUCCUGACAUGAACCCAGAGCAUUUAGGGGCGUUUGUGGAUGCUGUACAUAAGCACUCUCGCUACUUCAACGAAUCUUGCUAGAUGCCCUUUUGGGAACACAAGCAGUUUCCUGGUAUAGCUUGCUCAGUGCACUGGACAAUAGACAAUGCCAUGAGCAAGCUGUACUUAUGGAGUUUAGACUGCAUAUGGAGAUCUUUGUUGUAACAGCUAAAAUGAGUGGUCAGUGUGAGAACAUGGAGUUUAAUUAAAAAAAAUUCUCAUUCA